AUGGAUAAUAAUAUUACAAAUGAAGACAAAUUAAAUUCAAUUCUUUCAUUUUUAAAGCCAGCUUAUUAUAUUGAAAUUAAAAAGGAAAUUUUAAAAAUAGAACAGGUAUUAAAUAUUUUAAAUUCAAAUGGUGAUACAGAAAUUCAAUAUAUUGUAAAUAAUUUUCAAGCAUAUCAGGUAUUAUUAAAUGUUAACCAGUAUGGUUUUAUUUUUGCCAAAUCGCCAAGUGUAAAUAAUGGAAUAUUUGAAAUAUUAAAUAUCCAUAUCGGAAAGUAUGAUUAUAAACUUGCCGCUUUAAAUCAGAAAUAUGAACAACAUAAAUGGUUUGAAGAUUUUUCGGAUUUGGUCAAAAAAUAUAUUGCUAAUCACACAGAAUUGAUUAAUAAUUUGGUUAUAUAUUUUCAAGGUGAGGAUAUUGACAACAAUGUAUUUGAAGAACCUCCAUUAGUAAUCACAGAAGAUUUGAGUCAAUAUGAAAUCAAAACACUAAAAGAUGCAGAUGCUAUUUCCUCAUAUGAUAGAGAAGCUCACCAAUUCAACAAGGGAUCCCAUAUAUAUGGCAGUGACUUUAUUGUAGCUUCAAAUAAAGACCGUUUAUUCUACAAGAUUGAUAAUGGUUCACUUUCAUUAUGUCCAUUAAAAGAGUUUGCAGUUUACAAAUUUUAUAAACAAAUGUUUUCUACCCCAUGUGUUCCACCCAACCAAUUAUUAAUAUUAAAGAACUUUCCAGUUCUCACCGAUGAUGGUAGAUUCAGAUUUUCAAAAGAUCCUAUUUCAAAAAUGAGAAACAACAUGACCAUUGAACAGUUUAUUAUGGAAAAUCCAAUUGCACGUAAAAAGAUAGAAUUAUAUUUAGAAAAAAAAGCUUAUUUUAUUCAGGCAUCAACCUUUAUCAAGGGUUAUACCUUUUUUAAUUUUAUGAAUGAUUAUAAUGGUAAAAGCUUUGAAGAGUUUGAAAAAGCUUGUAAAAGUUUAGAUUUGCAUAGUUUUAGCUCUCAUGUAUUGUCAAGUUUAUUGUUAAACCCAAAGGAUUUCAAACUAUAUUAUUUGGCAAUAGAAAACGAAUCAAAUAGGAUCUAUUGUGUCGAGAGUGAUUUAUCUUUUGAAAGUGAAAUUAAAAUCAUUAAUAAUAAAAGUAAUAAUUCUGAUUGGGUAUUAGGCACCAGAAAUGUACUAUAUACGAUAGCACCAUUAAUGCAAUUAUCUAUCCAAGAUAAAGUAUCUACAGAAUUUCUCAAUGUCCAACCAAAUCUUUUUUUAUUAGAAUGGUUAUUGUCAAUUAAAGAAAAAGAAGAAAUAUACAUACAAUUAAUCCAUGAAUAUGUAUCAGAAUGUGAUGUUUUAGAUAGAGAAAAAACAUUUGACAACACAAAAAACGAAUUAAAGUUACCUCAAACUUUCAAUAAAGGUUGGAUCACAUCACUAUUAAAAAAAUUCAAUUUAAUUAAAGAUCAAUUAAAAAAGAACAAACGUACAACACAUCAAGAACUAUUUGAAAUCGUUCAUCCAGUUGCAAGUAAAUUUUAUAAACUCUUAUCUGAUAAAUAUGGUAAUGAUAGACUAGAACAAAUUGGAUAUAUUUUUGGAAAGCAUGGUUUUAAGGUAUUAUUAGAAGGCAAAGUAAAAGAAAUUCAAAAAAUUAUUGAUGAAAACAAAAUUAUCCCAUCAAUAGAACCUCAACAAUUAUCAAUUACAGAUACUAUUCAAGAAUUACUUUCAAUAACCGAAAAGAAACAUUUCGAUUCAUAUCCAAAAGAAAACUCAGAGAAAUGGAUUGAUUUGGUUAGAAAAAAUUCUUUAAAGUCAUUUCUGGAAUAA